UUUUUCUUACAUCCCUGUCAUCCUCCUCACCACAUCCUUCCCCUUCCCUUUCUUGGCCACUUUUCGACAGUUCCAAUUCCCCUCCGUCAUGUCUUUCCUUCAAUCUUUUCUGCUUGCCUCUUCUAUUUUCAGUUCACUCAUCAACCCACCCACCUUUUAAUUUCUUUUCCUUUGCUCAUCUUUCACUUUCCAAUAUUCUCUCCUUCUCAACGGUCCUUCCCAUCCUAAUAUUACACGUGCUAACCUUCCCCCCCUCCUCUCCCUCCCCACCUUUAUGGGGCGUCCACACUCACCUUUCUUUCACUGAUUCUACACAAAAAACAAGUUGUCUUGUAUUAUUAUGGGAGAACACGGCCAACUGAUUAUUAAACACUACCUUUGUUUUCUUCGUUUUCUUCUUCGGGUCUACGUUCAUACCCUGUGAAGGUCCUCGAUCAUUCUCUGCAAGUUUUCCUCAGAGGCUGUGGAGGCAUUCACUUUCCAUCCUAGUUCCCAACAAUCCCAUGUUAACCCGCUCUGCCUCCUGUCACACUCUUUUCAUAAACACAGAGGAACAAAUAUGAACCAUCAAAAGAAAAUCCGAAUGAUAUUCGCAAGCACCAUCGCGGUCAUCGGCCUGGCCCUUGCGCCUUACUUCUGGGGCGCCGCUCGUUACGGCGGGCCGCUCCUGGAGGCGCGGCGGGAGUGGCAGGGCGCCGGGCCACACACCACGACGCUCGGCGAGCUACGCCAGCGCCUGGCCGGCGCCUGGUGGCUCCCCGGCGCGCUGCGCCCCGCCCCGCUCCGGAACCCCCUGAUGGAGUGUGGCCUCCCCACCGGCGACGGCUGGUGGGACGUGCUGCGGCUCCUGGCCGGGGCCAAGCGGCACCUGGACUGCCUUCACGAGCAGGUUCGGCAGGCUGAGCAGGAACAAGCAGAUUUCGCUAGAAAUCUGCUGGUCUGCGGCGGCCUGCUGCUCCUGGUAGUGAUGAUGGCCCUGGCUGCCGUGGCCAGGCUGGUGGCGCGCUGCAUCUCCCGCCCACCGUCCCGCCGGGAGGGCGUGGAUAACGACCCGCAGGGAGAAAAAGACAGGGAGAAAAACACAUCCCUGGACAUGACACCACCCACGGCGGGUGAUAAAGACACACAUGAGGAAACACACCUGGAAGUGACCCUUCCAGACAAAGCGGGCGAUCAGGAGGUGCAGGAGUGUGUCCAGGAAGGGACACAAGACACGGAGAAGGAAGAAGAGAAUGAAAAUAUAGAAUAUAGGGAAAAUGAAGAAAAUAUGCCGAAGAAAGAAGAAAAUGAAAUUGAAGAAUACAGGGAAAAUGAAGACAUUGAGAAGGAAAAAGAAAAUGAAAAUGGAGAACAUAAGGAAAAUAAAGAUAUUGAGAAAGAGAAUGAAAAUGAAGAACAUAAGGAAAAUGAAAAGGAUACUGAGAAGGAAGAAGUUAAUGAAAAUGAAGAUCAUAAGAAAUAUGAAGAAAAUAUUGAGAAGGAAGAAGAGAGUGAAAAGGAAGAAAAUGAAAAUGAAAAAGAUAUUGAAAACGAAGAUAAUGAAAAUGAAGACUAUAGGGAAAUUGAAGAAGAUUCUGAAAAGAUUGAGGACACACAAAAGGAAGAAAAGAUUUACAGGGAAGAAUAUGAGGAAAAAAGAGUAGACAAUGAAAAGAAUGAAAACACUGAGAAGAAAGACACUGAAAAGGAAGAGACGGAAAAAGAAGAGGUAACUAAAGAAGAAAUGAAGAAUGAAAAAGAUAUGGAAAAUGAAGAGCUGGAGAAGAAAGAAGAGACGAAAAACAAGGAGGAUGGAACUGAAGGGGAGAAGAUGGAAAAGGAAAAAGGUCUGGAAAGUAACGAGACAGAUCAUGAGGAAACAGAAAAACGAGUGGAGACAGAGGACGCCUCAGCGGCUCACCUCCGGGAGCGGCGGGAGGAGGAGGCCGCCAUCGAGCGGCUGUGCGGCCUCGUGCGGCAGGAGUUUUGGAUGAUGAAUGAGUUCCAGCAGAAGCGAGUCCCGGCGCUGGAGCAGAUGCUCAAGGCGGAACAGGCCGCCGCCGCCGCCGCCGCCGCGGGGCGGAAGAUGCUCAAGGCCGCGCGGAGGCUGCAGCGACGAGCAGGCAAGAAAACCGAAAAGAAAAAUGACAACGCCGACGCGGAGGUCAACGCGGCAAAGCAUGACGUUAACGUUAUCAUGCCGACGAUUGACGCGCAGAGGAAGUUCGCUGAGGCAGCGUCCCACGUUAUGAAGGUGCAGCAGCUGGAGAAGGCGCUCCAGGCGGCCGGUCUGAAGCAGGCGCUGGAGCAGCACCGCGUGACGGACUUCCAGAGGGCGUGGGCAGAGGCCCGGCGCGGGGGGACGAUUCCCCCGGGGACACGGGGGGGUUGGCGGGGGGGCGACUGCAGAAGAGCUGGACAAGGAGGCGGCGAGGCGGAGGGAGACGAGAGAAAGAGAAAAGGAGAGAGGAGCUGGAAAAGGCUUGGAAACAGAAAGAGGAAGAGGAGCAAGAGCAGGAACAGAAGAUAUAGCAAAACAGACGCAGGAAAUGGAAAGUUAUGUGCGUGGACGUGGAAGAGGAAGAGGAAGAGGCAGGGGGCGGGGAAGGAACAGGGGACGGGGAGGGGAGAGAGGCGGCCGAUGAGGAGGAAAAAAUGUAAAAAAAAAAGAGAAAAUUUGAAAACAAGACAAGAAAAGGACAAAAUUUGUGCCAGAGACCAUAUGAUUUAGUUUGAGGAAAAGGAGAAAAAAUGUAAAAAAAGGACAAAACUUGAAAGCAAAAAAAAGGACUAAGUCUACGCCAGGGACAAUAUGAUUUAGUUUGAGGAAAAGGAGGAAAAUGUAAAA